AUGACUGAGGCGGAGUGGAUUGGAGAACAGAAUUCAACCCACAUUCUUAGCAAUAACACAACUGGUAUUAUCACACCUGGCCAGAUGUCCAGCCAGAUAUUUGUGCAACUGGGACAAGCUUCGUGCCCGGUGUCCCGACUUUAUAGCAUCAGCUGGGCAACUGAAACCAAACGUGAUGAAAACCAGAAAGGAAACAGACCCAAAAUAAAAGGCAUGUUGAAGUUCACUUCUAUGGAGAAGCCCAGUACUGUUGGUUUUGCUGCAGCUCUAGCUUUCAUCUUAGGGAAUACACUUAGGGUUAACAUUUUAAAUUGCCUCCCAUGUCUGAGGUUCACAGACUUUCUGACCACGGGAUUAAAUCUUACUAUUCAACUAGGGAGCAGAUGUCCUCCCAGAACAGCAAAUAGAGAAAAUUCUGGAGGCCUCCUACAGCAGGAAGGAUUCGGACUCCCUGAAAUCUGCGAGAGCCAGAGGAGCUCUGCUCUGUCUGAAACUACUGCUGUGACUAGUAGCUGCGCUCUGACUCCGAUUUUCAUGAAAACGGGUGUCGUUUUCAUGAGAGAAGAACCUUGGAUUUUUUUUCAAGUCUUCCAAGGACUUCGAAGCAAACUUAAGGAAAAGAAGAAGAACCUCAUGCACCAGAAACUUUCAGAACCUAGAACUCGGAUAUCCGAGGGCUGUAUUUUCCAUAGAGAUGCAGUACUACUUCAAAUCCAACUGACGGCUGAUUCAACAGAACUGAUUUCAUGGUCAACAUUUCUUGGCAUCAUGGAUGGAUACGAUCGUGAAUUCACAACUUCUCUAGAUGAUUACGACUACAACAUCACGGAAGACGUCUUUUGUGAGAAAUCUAAUGUCAGGCACUUUGCAAAGAAUUUCAUCCCACCACUCUACUGGACUGUGUUCACCACGGGCAUUUUAGGGAACGGCCUAGUUAUUAUGGUCUUUUGGUAUUGUACUCAGAUAACGACCAUGACUGACAUGUUCCUCCUGAAUCUGGCCAUUGCAGAUCUCCUCUUUCUCUUCACUCUCCCCUUCUGGGCGGUUGCAGCUGCUGACCAGUGGAAGUUCCAGGAUACCAUGUGCAAAUUGGUCAGCAGCACAUACCAAAUGAACUUCUACAGCUCCAUGCUUUUUCUCAUGUGCAUCAGCAUGGACCGGCACAUUGUGAUCGUCCAAGCCACGAGAGCUUAUAGCUGGAGGCAGAAAAGGGUCAUUUACAGCAAAAAGAUUUGCAUCUGCGUCUGGGUGGUGGCCAUGGUUCUCUGUAUUCCGGAACUCGCCUUUAGCCAAACCAUGGAGAUGAAUAAUGUGAAGAUCUGCACGGUGGUUUACCCUGAUGAUGGAACUACCAGACUCAAGGCCUCGUUCCUGAUGCUGAGGUUCAUUCUGGGAUUCUUCCUUCCCUUCUCGGUCAUAGUCUGUUGUUAUGCCACCAUUAUCCACACGCUGCUUCAAACCAAGGGGUCAUCCAAGCACAGAGCCUUCAAGGUGGCCAUUGCAGUCCUCAUUGUUUUUAUCAUCUCCCAGUUCCCAUUCAACAGCCUUCUGUUGGUGAAGACCAUUGCUACCUUUAAGCCUAGUGAAGACAGGGCAUUUAUCUCCAGCUGUGCCAUCUCUACUAACCUUGACAUAGGUUACCAGGUCACCCAGACCUUGGCAUUCUUCCACAGCUGCCUGAACCCAGUUGUCUACGUGUUUGUGGGCACGAAGUUCCGCCAGAAUCUCAGAAAAGUCCUGAAGAAACUGGGGUGCAUCAGAAAGACCCCUUGGUUCUUAGCUUGGAGGGAAGGGAAGGGACUGAGCUCCACAAUGUUGGAAACAACAUCCGGGCCACUGCCCCAUUAAGAGGUCCUCUCGCUCACCAAGAUUCAGAACUAACUUUCCACCUACCAUCUGGCAGGA